AUGGAUUCAAAAACUACCCACAGUCCCUUGUUUCUGGUGUUUCCUCCAGAGGUCACUGUUCCCAAAUAUCAGCAAACGGCCCUAAGAACCACAGCCACUCAGUCUAAAAUCCCCUUGCCAACAUGCCUUGCUAAAAGACAGAAAAUCUUAGGGACUACCCAAAUCGUGUUUGGACUGAUGCACUUUUCUUUUGGAGUCAUUCUGUUUUUCACUCUUGUACCACCAUACCCACGGUUUCCCUUUAUAUUCAUUUCUGGAUAUCCAUUCUGGAGCUCUGUUUUGUUCAUUAAUUCUGGAGCCUUCCUAAUUGGAAUGAAAAGAAAAACCACAAGAACUCUGAUGCUCAUGAGCCGAAUAAUGAACACUCUUAGUGCGCUGGGAGCAAUAGCUGGCAUCAUUCUCCUCUCGUUCGGUUUUGCUCUAGAUCGACACUACCUUUGUGGCUAUUCUGAUGGAGCCAGUGAGUGUCAUGCCAUCACCACCCUAUUAAUGGGAAUUUUGAUUAUGUUGAUGGCCUUCACCAUUAUUGAAUUAUUCAUUUCUUCCUCUUUCUCCGUUUUGGCAACCCACUCAAUCCUUUGUCAAUGUGAGGAAUAG